AUGAUUAAAAGGAACGGUGAUAAUGUAUAUGCGAUCGCGUCAAACAAUCAGUGUCAAGGCGGCCGGAGUUCCGUCUCGCUCUUCCCAAGCGCGACGAGGAUACCGCGGGCCACAAGCAGGAUGACGCCGAACGACGCGCCAAACACCAAGGAGGCCAACAUAGCACUAUCAACUUACGUCGAGAAAUGGAAGACGAGGUACGAGGACUCCGAGAGGAAGCAUAAAGCCAACCUCCUCAAGUCCGAAAAAGCCAAACGUGAAUAUGACGAUCUUCUCCGCCGUUUCAACAUCGUCACUGAAGAAAGGAGGCACUUGGAAGCCGAGCUUCAUGAUAGGGAGAAAGAGCUUAAUAAACUGCGAGCUGUUUCCGAGAAGCUGUUCCGGGAGUACCAGCAGCUUAAAAACCAGCAUGAGAUCGAUUCGGGGGUUAUGCAAAAGGUGAUGCAGCAAGCGGGAGAAUGGUACAAACAGAACAAACAGCUGAAGAGGAAGAGUACGGCUUUGAUGAUGACCGUUGGAACUGUUGACAUAGACCUGGACGCUACUGAUGCAGCCUCCGAUUCGAGCAGUAAUGAAGAAGUGGAAUUCCUCAAACGAACGGUCACAGAACUUAGCGAACAAGUGGCUGCCCUACAGACCGACGCUAACGCUGCUCGCUUACAGGAGUUUGAAGCACAUGAAGCUACUGUACAACUGGCACAGGAACUUGAAGCUGAGAAGGAAAAAUCUGCGGCUCAAGAGAAAGAGUUACAAGAAUUAAGAAACCAAUUAGAGAGACAUAACAGAGUGUCCAAGUUAUUGAUGGACGAGAUGAGCGAACUGAAGGAGAACGCAGACAAGGACAGACAGAUGGCUGAAACAUACAAAACGGAAGCCCGGGAUGCUAAGAAGCGCGUCAAAGUUUUAACACACCAGAGUGCGCUGUUGAUGGGAGAAUUGGAAGUAGAUGAACGACUUGGAUUACUGUUGGGGGAAGUGGACGCGUUGAGAGAUGCUCUGGAGCAACAGACGGCGAGACAUAGAGAUCAAUUGGAGGAAUUACAGUUGAAAAUAGCAGAAAAACACGAAGACACAGAUAUACUGCUUUGGGAAGAGAAAAUAAGACUCGCUGAAGAAGAUGCUCAGAAGGCUCUAGAACGAGCUGAGAAGGCGGAGAAGAAGUUAGCGGAAAUAGAAAGAAGAUUAUCAGAAGACCGGAAACCGAGGAAAUCUAGCUUGAUGUCUAGAAUAAACUACUUCGAGACAGGAGGAGAUAUGAAAAAUGACGUGAAACCGGUCAAAGAAGUUGUUAGAGAAGUAAAAAUGGAGCCUGUCGAACAAACUAAACAACCAUCACCUAUCCCGCCAGAUGUUCCGCCCCCUCCUCCCGCUCCGUGCCCUCCCCCUCCUCCCUCCCUCCUGCCUCCCCCUCCUCCGCCUCCCCCGCCGCCGCCCCCUCCAGCAGUAUUCAAAGCCGUCUCCGUAGAAGACAUGGCGGACAUGCUGGCUAAUAAAGGAGCCACCCUGAAGAAAACUAAACAGAAUGGAGGAGGUGCUAUAGAUGCUAUAGUGGAUCAAAUCAAAGGAGGCAAGUUCCAACUAAAAUCUACGGAACAGAACUUCAUGGAAAAGAAACCCAAGGACGACCAGCCCGAGGCUGUGAAGGAAAUGUUACAGAUACUUGGAACGCUGAGGAAGAGGAGGAAUGUUAAUAGAACUAAUGUUAUUAACACUGGAGAUGACUGA